AUGGAAGGCAUCCAGACUCACCCCUCGAACGCGGCGCAAGCCAAGGCUUUCACUGCGCCCGGAUCGCUGUCGUUUCCCGGAGCAACCAACGAGUUGGCACCGCCACCCGUUGGCAACGGUGAUGCUACUCAGCGACCGGUUCCGAACGGCCAGCAGGCGGCAAAUGGCAAUGGGGUGGCACCCGCAACGCCUGUCGCGACGCCUGCUGCCAACCAAGGGCCCAGUGGAAUUACUCCUACUCUACAGAACAUCGUGGCUACAGUUAAUCUUGAUUGCCGCUUGGACCUCAAGACUAUCGCCCUGCACGCACGUAACGCAGAGUACAACCCCAAGAAGCGUUUCGCCGCCGUCAUCAUGCGAAUCCGUGAGCCCAAGACGACCGCCCUUAUCUUUGCUUCCGGCAAGAUGGUUGUCACCGGUGCCAAGUCAGAGGAUGAUUCGAAGCUCGCUUCAAGAAAGUACGCCCGUAUUAUCCAGAAGCUUGGCUUCAACGCCAAGUUUACCGACUUCAAGAUCCAGAACAUUGUCGGCUCCUGCGACAUUAAGUUCCCCAUCCGACUCGAGGGCUUGGCUUCGCGCCAUCACAAUUUCAGUUCUUACGAACCUGAGUUGUUCCCUGGUCUUAUCUAUCGCAUGAUCAAACCUAAGAUCGUGCUUCUUAUUUUCGUCAGUGGCAAGAUCGUCUUGACAGGUGCCAAGGUCCGAGAGGAAAUUUACCAGGCCUUUGAGAUGAUCUACCCUGUGCUGCAAGAUUUCCGCAAGGUCUAA